AGGGAGGACAACGUACGUGGAUUUGAGUCGGCUGUUUGGUUCCUCUCGUUUUCCCCCUCGUUAUUUGUCUAAAUCAACGUCGGACAUAGCUAUAGGAAAUGGCGAUCUGCAUAACGCUAAAGGUUAUGAGGAUGCGUGACUGACGGUCCCUGCUAAUCGAGGCGAAGCUGGCUCUUUGGCAAGCAGAUGUCGACGUCUCCAAUGGCUGUGUUGAAUUGAGGUGCCGACCGCCUCUCUCUCCCUCCCUUCCCCACCCUUGGCCCUGCCCUUUCCCCUCGUGCUCUGUCUGGCGCCCUGCUCCCCACCAUCCUCCAUGGCUCCCUCUGCUUAAGUGACCCCUGGGAGCCCCGAUGCUGGUCGGUGUGAACGGCGAGAAGGGGACGGCCGCUAUGGUGACACUGCUCACCGAAAAGCUGCAGGACCAGAGCCUCAGCGACCUGCCCUACAAGGCCUACAGCAUCAAUCUGCAUCCUGAAAAGCUGAGCCAAGCUGUUGGCCUCUUCCCUUACGAGCUCCAUGAAAAGAGCCCCUGGAGAGUGAUCAGUAGGGGCUGUGCCCUCCAGACGGAGGCUUCUACCCAGAAUGCACCAUUGCCCUUCCCAGUGUGCCCCUUCAGCGGGCCUGUGGGCGAAGAUCCUCCGGGUUUGCGGCCGAGUGCGGCCCCCUGUGCGGCCCCUGGUGGGUACAGUGAUGGUGGGCCAUCUACCCUGCCUAGCUGGAUCAGCGCAUUGAACCUGAACGAGAACGGUGGGCCACCCCUGGCCCCACCCACCAAACGCCACUGCCGUUCACUGUCAGAGCCGGAUGAGCUGGCGCGCUGCCGCUCACCGUGGAGGCCUGGUAGCAGCUCCAAGAUCUGGACUCCCAUCUCCAAGAGGCGCUGCAACAGUGGGGGGGCUGCUUCCCUGCAGCGCUGCCACAGCCAUGGCAACGCUGGCCCACCCCUGCCACCCUCCUCCUCCUCCUCCUCUUCCUCUUCCUCUUCUUGCUCCUUCUCCUGUGGCCACGCCCUGCUCCUCCAGGGCGGCGGUCUGGGCGCAGCUGUCUCUCCAGUCCCCCGGCCUUCAUCGGCCAGCAGUGGUUUCGCGGAUGGUGGCAGCGGGGCCUCAUCUGCCUCCUCCUCCUCAGUGGCGGUGGCAGCAGUGGCGCCAGCCUGGCACGCGGAUGGCCCCCAUGUGCCACGCCGACGGCUCUCACUGUCACAGGAGCACAUUGCAGAUGCGGGUGGGGGCGCAGACGGCCUCCUGCCCUCAGCCAGCAGCACGCCUUCCUCCACGCCUGAGCUGGGCCGCCGCCACGGCCUCCUGCGCUGUCGGUCCCAGCCCUGUGUGCUGCAGGAGCGCAAGAGCGGCCUCAAGCGCCGCCGCGAGGAUGACAUCAGGUGGAGCCGCCCCGCCCUCAAUUUCCUCAAAAUGACACGGACAUUAAAAAACUCCAAAAGUCUUUGUUCGCUGGACUAUGAGGAUGACGAGGACUCCCACGCCAAGACCGUGGUGUCGUCGCCCUGUGACUCCGGUGACCUGCUGGCAUCGGCGGUGGAGGAGGGGUCGGUCCUGCUGAGUCUGGGCCUGCAGCCCUGGCCGCCCCACCCCCACCUGCAGAGUUUCAGCAGCGCGGCCACGGUCAGUGAGAGCGAGGAGGAUGAGGACACCAGUGACUGUGAUAGUGCCGAGGAUAUGCUCUUCCCUCUGGACUGCGCCGACUUAGACCUGGAGCAGAUCGAGAACAACUGACAAUGCUAUCCCCUUCUUGGCCAUCAGGGGCAAACCACUUCUUCCGGAGUUGCAUUCCACUUCACCAGAAAACCUGUUCCUCCCUCCCCGUUCCUCCCACAAAAAUGAACCUGAAAGACCUCUCCCCAGCGUUUAGUUGGAGGUGUGGAAGGCUACAUGUGUACAGCUGAAACUCUAAAUUUGACCUGAACGCAGUUUAGAGAACAGCAUAUUUUGGGUAAGAAAAUAAAAGUGGUUGAAAAAAAGAUGAAAUUAUUGAAAAUGUUAAAAAAGAGCAAGAGAGAGACAAUUUAAGUUGUAUAUAACAGCUUAGAAACAGGAAAAACAGGCUUGUUAUACAGGAUGAAUUUUCAAAGGGCAUUCUGGGAAAGACCAUAGAGUCCUACGUGGCUUCAGUGUGGGUCGACACGCUGCAUGUUCUGAGGUGGUGUUCUUGGUUUGAAAUGACUACCAAAGAGGCGAUUCAUCAGUUUCUAAGGUGACAUCACUCAUGGGUAGACUACUGUUCCUGAUCCUGAUCGUGCAAAAACUGCCGGACUGCCCAUGGUUAUAAAAUGUCACAUGGGCGAUGGCUUAGUGUUGAAGGUGCAGUCACCUCACUCACAAACACAGGCAACAUUGCAGGUAAAAUUGCUUCCUGUCCAGUUUCCAGGAGAUUUUGCCAUUAGUACAUUACCUCUUUGUUUGGAUAUCAUCGUCAUGUUUUUUUUUCUCGAGUAUCUGUUGGCGGCUGGAUGUGAUUGGGUGAAAUCGAAGGGAUUGUCCAAGGAGCACUUUGCGAGGGUGGAGUGGAGGAAAGGGGGUUUCCACAGUUUUUCGAUUUCAUUGGUUCUGCUGAUGCAAGUUGCAGCCUCCUGCCCAGAUCCCCCUGCCACCCCCAGUGGUAAAUCUGUUAUGGGACCCUGCUGUCUGUUAGUUUGUCUUUUGUUUAAAGUGCCUUUAAGGCUCCUCUUAACACUGAUCAAACCACCCUUGGCAUCAUGCACUAGCUCCCCCAGACUGUGCAGCUUGCGGCAGUAGCUGCUGUUUAUCCUCCAUAUCACAAGAGUACCACUAUUCAUUUCUUUUCAUUAAGAGCAUUUUAUUGGCCUGCCCAGCCCUCCCUUUACCCACCUGAUUUCCACUUUUGUGUUUCCCAGACUUCUCUGAAUGCUCUGUAAGGAUGAAAUGGAUUCUGGGAGAUUUUUUUUCCCUUUGACCCACAAAGGCCCUUUGAUAGAGAGUUCUUGAAGCUGUGGUCAGGUCCCCGGCAUACAGCUGUUCGGGAGCAAUGAAAUGUUGGCAUCAAUAAAGAUGGAUCUUUUGC